AUCCCCCUCGCGCUACAACCGACCUCUACGCGCCUCUGUCACGGUCAAAUCUGUCGAUGAAUGCCCCUAAUUCUCUCCCUGGCAGCCCCAGGUAGCCCAUGUCGCCUCCUUCGGCCCUCGGCGCGCCUCGCAGGGCAAUGGCAACCUGCACCCAGACUCACUCACCUGCGACACACAGCGAAUCUGAGCCUCUCCCUGACAUGCCACGCAGCACUCCACCGCCAAGAUCGUCGACCUGUAGCUCUGCGAACGCUCGGCACACCGAUUUCUCUCCAUGACAGCAUAUCGAAGCUUUCGACCAGAUUCUCUGAACAGGCCGCAGCGGAUGAACGCGCCACAGAUGGAGAAGAGGAUAACUUUGAGUUCUUUGAAGAGGAAGCGACACCCCUUGGCCCUGGGAACAAUGUGGAAAGUGACAGCUCGUUCCUGCACACGCACCGAGAGGCUGCUACAGACGAGACAGGCAUCUUUGAUUUUGUUGCUGGAGAAGGAGCAAAAUCAGCGGCCGAGUCAGGCUCAGCACAUCAGGGAUCGACGCCCAAAGAGGACCCCUAUCGCUCGCGCAUGCGCACUCCGUUCAAGGCACAGAGGAGUCGCAAUCAAGAAAAGGCAUAUCGGCGCAAUCAGACAACGACUGUUCUCGACGGCAUCCAGACUGAUGCCCGAGCCCUCUACUUCUCAAAGCUGCCAAGGAAGAUAGAAGCGGCGCACAACAGCCCCGAGCGCACGCCAACAGGCGGCCACAGGUGGACAGACCGAUACUCUUUGCCAUCACCCACUGCCGCCCAAGAUUCUGCGACCUCGACCUCCUUGCGCACAAUACUGGCGAGAUACCUCAGUCAUCUCACUGCAGCGGCUACCGAAGAUACACCAUUUCUUUGCACGCCGCACGAACACAAUCUUCUUCAGCGUGAAGGUUUGACACAAGAGGUGGUACAGUCAUGGGCAUUGUCUCUUUUGGACAAAAACCCCAAUACCGCUGCUAGGAUAUUCCUGCGUGGUGCCGCCCCGCCCCCGUUCUUCCUGGUCUUGCUGUUCCUCCGUCGUGAGCACAUCAGAAGGUAUGCGCUCGGUGCCGUCCUCAGUCAUAUCUCCUCAAGACUGGACUCGGAGCAGAUAGGCUGGUGUACUCUUAAGACUUUAGUCGUAAGAGUUUUACGUCAUGCGCGCAGGAUAUGGCCCGAGUCUUUGCCAUGGAUCUCUACAGUCUUCCUGGACAAGGCUGCAAAGAUUUUCGAUACCAGCAGAACGACAAAUUCUGGACCUCGUGACUCGGCUCAGGUCACCCCCUUCUGCAACAACUUGCUCUCUCUGCUCUCAUUACCUUCAUCUAUCCGACCCAUGAUAGCGUCUCGACACCAGGAAGACGCGCAGUUCCUGAUCCUACAGUUCAUGGCCGGGUACGACCCACCAAUUGCUGUUACACGGACUGGGUUUCGAGCAAUUGCGCGUAUCCAGCUCACGCACGCGAAGACCGAACAAGAGAGAGACUGGGCUGAGCUGAAAGGGCCUUCCUGGCCACCAUGGACUGAAAGUCGGACAGCGAUGGAUGAGGAUAAAAGUUACGAUUAUGGCGCUUCGCGAGCUUCGAAGAUCUUACAUCGCAUGUUUGAAUCCGGCUAUGCUGCACGUAGCUGGGAGAAAGUCGCCGAGGUGUACGCCGGAUGGGAUACUGACUUGAGUCCCACCAUUCAGACGCGAGCGCUCCUUCGGUCUGAAUAUCGAGGCGACCGCACUCAUCGACUGUGGGCUGCGCGCAUACGGACUACUAGAACCAGACGAGAGGCCUGGGCAGCUUUUCUUGCACACGAAGCGUCAGAUGAUCGCACACAUGAGGAUAUCUACCUUGCUAUGUUCGAGAAGUUGUACUACAUGGAGUUUCCACGAAAGGGGGACGGCGAGCUUCAUCAAGGCAUGCAUCUCGACGGAUCUCAAGAAACACCUGAUAGCCCGGAGGAUCAGGCACGAACGUUGCUUCCAGGAGACAUGAAAGAGGUCCUGUCCGAGCCAACCUCGCCGUUGCACAACGUCUACCUACGUGAAGCUGUACCCACGUACGAGCAACUGUACCAUCGCAUGACGGCCAAAAACAUGCGGCCUACUGGGAGACUCUUGGCCUUCUUGUUGGAAACGCACCCGGACUUCGCUACUAUGUUCAAGCUCUUGGAUAAGGCCAGGGGCGAUUUCGAUGGUGGUGUUGGCUGUCUACUUGCCGGGCCACAUGAUGAAACCAGCAAGAUCCACAACGUUCCCGACUACUUUUUGGCUGCAUUCUUUCGAUUUCUCUGCCGCUUCGGUCAGCCUACAAAAGGAAUCUCAACCAAGACAACGUUCUUGGCUCCGGAACAACACAUUCGGGAGUUCAUGUUUAACGAAAACUACCUCUUAGAGUAUGCAUACGCCUUACUCCUACACUAUAAGCCGCGCUACCAGCCGAUAUGGUGUGCGUUCAUGGAGAGAGUCGUAUUCAGUAGGUUCGGGAGCAACUCGCUCCAUCACGAGAAAGACAGCCAGACAGGCAUCACGGAUGUCCAGUACAACAUUGUGAUCAGGCUUCUGGAUACGCUGGCAUCAGUUCAUGUCGAUGUGGAAGGAGAUAUGUUCAACCUUGCUUGCACAGCCACCAGAUAUGCUGCACAGGCUGUGCAUCGCGGGAAGUUCUCAUUCAGCCAGGGACGCAACUUCCUCACCGGCCGAUCCUAUCGUCUCCGUACUCUGUUCCAUCAUCUCGUUGGCGCUCACGUAGAUCUCGAGGUGCCGGCCCACUUGACCAGCAUUCCACCACAUAUCCCAGGGCCCGCAGAGCUUCACGUGUAUGUUCGCGCGCUCGGCGUUCUACGUGAUUACGAAGGGCUGUACUCGUUCUCCACGUGGCUCACGAAGCAUAACGUUGAAGUGAUAGCGCGAGCGCGAGCGCAACACGGCGGCAGCGAUAUGCUAUUCCGCACACUCGUAGCAUUGAGGGCUGCUACCAGUGGGUGGCUCGAAGAAGGGCUCGACACUCGGCCCAAAGCACCUGAAGAGAUCAAGCAGCUCAUCAAGGCCCAGAUCGACAGCGUGGAAGAAUGGGGUGGUUGGCCAAGCAAGAAGUACGUCACAUUGUACAUCGAAGGCCACGUAAGGAGUGCGACGCCUGUGGUUGGAGGGCGGUAAGAUAUCUGUACAAAGCUGUUCUGAAUGUAUGUACCCAAAUGCACAAUACAAAGCGCAUUUCACGGCAUGCGAAUUCUACUUUACAAACGUC